AUGCUACCAAUUUUCUUCCAAAUAUCUACUAUCAACCAACUGGUGAUCUGGUGGAAAUACUUCGUCGAUGGAUCUUUAUUGUUGUUCUACAUGAAAGAAACACAACACAAGAAUAUCCAAAAGGAACGAGUACUACUUUGUGACCAUACAGAUAAUGUUAUGCCAAGACAUCGAGAGUUCCCUUUGGAAAUGGGACCAAGGGAGGAGGCGAAAGAUUUGAUCGCGAAAAGAGAUAGGCUCGAUGCAGAGAUCGAAGAGAACUUUGAAAUACUGAAGAAAAACGACUCCACAAUGGACUCACCACUCGUUGACAAAGAGGGCUUUCCUUUCAAUCACAUCGACGUUUAUAGCGUUCGACAAGCACGGCAUAAUAUUAUUUGCUUAAGGAAUGAUCGAAAAGCUCUCACGGCAAAAAUUGAACAAGCGAUCCAGAAAUCGCAUGCAGAAGUACGAGAAAAGAAAGAGUCUGGGACGGAUUACGAAAAUGGAGGAUCAGAUGAAUUGUUUCCCUCUAAUUCGACGAAGGAUCCUGCAAAGGUUGAGGAGCAGAAUAAUAAGAAGCCUAGACAACCUCAGUUAGUCCAUCGAACGUCGAAUAAGCCUUUCAUUAAGGUCACAACAGUAAUCCCGUACUCUCCUGCGGCUGAAGGCGGGCUCAGGGCUGAUGAUUUUAUCAUUCAAUACGGCGAAUUACAUGCGGAUAAUUUCAAGGAAAUGAAAGAAGUGUCAGCAACUACGGCGAACCAUGAAGGGCAGAAAUUGCGUGUUACUGUGUUACGGAACAAUCGGGCAGUGCGGUUGGAGAUCUACCCGCAACGAUGGGCUGGAAAUGGAAUCUUGGGCACAUUUGCACAAUUAUACCAAAUUGUCCUGCUCACUAACGAGUGUGCUGAAUUCGUAGAUCUCAUUAUGACUACUGAGUCCGCCUUACAAGCUUCGUGGAUACGCAAGUACGACCAUCUGAUUGGUGGAUUUGCCGGUGGAGUUGUCAGUACUGCUGUUUGCCAUCCUAUGGAUCUGCUCAAGAUCCGUUAUUCAGCUGACGAGGGAAGUAGUAUUCGACCUCGCUACAAAAGCUAUUUCCAUGCAACCAAAUGCAUCAUUCGAGCUGAGGGCGUUCGGGGAAUCUAUCAAGGCCUAACUCCUAAUAUGGUCGGUUCUGCAAUGUCAUGGGGUCUAUACUUGCAAUGGUAUCAUAAAAUCCAAGAGAUAUUACCUUUUCGAUCUCCAAAUGUGAAUAUAGACAAUUUUUUGUGCGGCUUCUUCUCCGGUGCUGCUGUAAUGUGCAUCACAAAUCCUAUAUGGGUAACAAAGACAAGGUUGUGUUUGCAGUAUGAAACAAGUGGGACGAAGAAAUACUCUGGAACGGUAGACUGUUUAACCAAAAUAUUCAAGGAGGAGGGUAUUCCAGGCCUGUAUAGGGGAUUUGUUCCGGGACUGAUUGGAACAACUCACGGAGCUCUUCAGUUUAUGAUUUAUAAUAGAAUGAAAGUGUGGAGAUGUCAUCAAUUGGACUUGGAGGAAAAUACACAUUUGGGAACCAGAGAUUAUCUGAUGUUUUCCGCUCUCUCAAAGUCAAUUGCUACCACCGUUACAUUUCCGUAUCAAGUGCUGAGAACCCGAAUGCAGGACCACAAUGUUCGAUCUGGUGGAGUUUGGCGAACAACCGUAGACACGUUGAGAAGGGAGGGUUUUCGCGGUCUGUAUAAAGGUUGUUUGAUGGCCAAUUUGCGGCAACUUCCAGCUGCUGUUGUGACUUUUGUAACGUAUGAGAAUGUAAGGAAGUACAUAAGCGUGAUGGAUCUCUAG